AUGACAAGACUUCUCUUCAAGUUGUCAAUAUCGCUGCGUAAGGAGGCUUUUGAUAAAAUUGCCAGAGAAGCUAGAGAAAAUGGCAAGAAAGCUAGAUCCACAGCUCCGUUCAAACAAGGCCAGCAUAGUAAGGGUCAGGCCUAUCUGGGGCACAGUUCAACAAAUCAAAGUCAGACUCAGUUCUCCUAUCCUAUUUGUUCCACGUGCAAUAAAAAACAUCUUGGGCAAUGCCUUUUGGGUCAGAGAGGAUGUGAUCACUACUAUGACCUAGGUCACCUUAUGAAAGAUUGUCCACAACUCAAGCAUGCUCCAGGGAAGGAUCUAGCAACUCAGGUAGCACCCACAAGUAAUUCGCUGGUAGCACCUUCUCCAGUUCGGGCACCUAAUGCUCAGACUGGGCGUGGUGCCAAUAGAGGUGGAUCUCAGGGAGGAGGCGGACUAGCCAAAUUCUAUGCAGUUCAAGAUUAG